AUGAAGCGCAAUACACCACAGGAGGCCGAGUCUGACGACGACCAGGGCCUCAGCCUUGAAUUUGAGGACGGAUUCUUCGACUUCCUGGGCGAUGAGGAUACCAGCGCUGGACGUGAUGGCCACGUUUCGGCGCCUAGCGGCCGCAGUACCGGUGCUGCUGCCGUAGAGGUAGCCAGUGACCAGGCCGCCGGAGGAGCGACGCCAGGUGAUAAGGCGGCUGCUGGAAAGGAUACAACUGGGAAAGACGCGGUGAAUGAGUCUUCGGUAGACGAGCCUAUUGGGGACGAUGGCACGACUUCUGCGAAGGUCGCAGAGAGCAAGCCCGAACCCGCCAUGCGCAAACAUCUAACGUCAACAUCUAAUUGGUCCGACUUCGGCAUCGCACGUUCACUGAUCAAGGCCGUGUUCGACAUGGGCUACGAGGCUCCCAGCAUCAUCCAGAGCAAGGUCAUACCGGUGGCUUUGGAGGGCAAGGACCUGCUUGCCACGGCCGAGACAGGAUCUGGGAAGAGUGCAGCGUUCCUUAUCCCCACGCUGCAGCGGCUCAUAAAUGCCGGUGUCAUUAGACAGGACAGUGCCCAGCGCACGCCGUGGCAUGCGCAGCGGGUGGGCACCAAGGCGCUCAUAUUGCUCCCAACUAGGGAACUUGCUGCGCAGUGUUUUGAUGUUUUCUUGGGUCUGACGAAGUAUGUGAGCCAGAACGGUGUGUUGCUCACUGGCGGUGUGCCAGUGAAGGAUCAGGAAGCCAAGUUGCGCCGGGUCCCGUAUAUUGUAUUCGCAACUCCUGGCAAGGUGCUGGACAUUAUGCUGAAUUCAAACAGCAUCCACAUGGACGGAAUUGAGAUAGUGGUGCUGGAUGAGGCCGAUCGGCUCCUAGAUCUCGGGUUCAAGGACGAGCUAACCCAGAUCCUGAAGCUGUGCAACAAGGACCGUCAGACCAUGCUCUUCAGUGCUACCCUCACGGAGGCGACGAAGGAGAUUGUUCCUGUGUCGCUCGUCAACCCUAUAUACAUCCAGGCGACCCCGCGUAUCACCGUGGCCAAGACACUUAAGUGUGAAAUGAUCCAGCUUCCCAGCGACGAGCUGAGGGAGGCAGCUGCACUCUACCUAUGCAAGCAGAAGUACACCACCCGAACCAUUCUGUUCUUCCAGGUGAGGUCUCGUUCAAACUGGCUCAACUCGUUGCAGACCAAAAAGGCUGCCCACAGGGCCGCUGUGGCCUUCGGUCUCGCCGGGCUAAAAUGCGGAGAGCUGCACGGUGACCUAUCGCAAUCUAAGCGCUUCGAGCAGGUGGAAAUGUUCAAAGAUGGACAGGUCAACUUCCUCAUGGCAAGCGAACUGGCUUCCAGGGGACUGGACAUCCCGGGUGUUCGGGCAGUCAUCAACGUACACGUCCCAAGCGACGUCGUGAGGUUCGUCCACCGAGUCGGCAGGACAGCGCGUAUGGGAGAGUCGGGAACUGCGAUAACGUUCUACGUGGAAAGCGAACGAUCGGCUGUCAAAAGCAUGAUGAAGCGCGUCGCCGCCGAAGGCUCCGACCUGGAAAAGCACAAGAUAAAGCUUUCCGCAGCCGCACUCAAGAACUACAAGCGCAAAAUCGACGACCUCGAGGACAAGAUAAAGGAGGUGCUCAUGGGAGAGCAAGUCGAGAAGGAGAUGCGCAGGUGCGAAAACGUCAUAAAGUACGGCAAGGAGCAGGGGAAAGAAGGUAAUUUGGGCAAAACACAGACUCAACGGUGGGCAGAAAAGCGCAUGUGGUUCCGGACCAAACGAGAAAAGCGUGCUGCAUCCAAGAAAGAACUUAUAGAGACGAAGCUGCGCGCGGGCCGUGAGACCGAAAGGGAGCAAGAGUCCGCACCACAUGCGCCGAAAAAAUUCGGCAAGCGGGGCGUCAAACAGCGGAAUCCACCCAACAAGGGGGCGGCAGGCAAAGGCAGCCGCGCCGGGCGCCGCCGACCGGGCCGUCGUUGA